UUGGAUUUCCGCCAUAUUCAAAAAUAGUCUCUACUAUAGUCGUGAUAUUUAUUGUUGUUGUUGUGUUUAACCCUUUAAGCAACACGUAAUUGCCACUGGUCCACCGACAUUUCAAAUGGGUGACACCGGUGAGGUCCAAGCCCCGAUUCCGAGUUCAGAGAAGCCGGAGAGACUACCGAGCUCCAGGAACUUGAAGAGGAAGUUUUCCGCUGAUGAAGAGUCUCCCCCGGACGACGACGACAACAACAACAGCGGGAGGGUGCGACGGUCACUGCGAAGAGGAAGCUCCUUCACCUUCCUCACCCCAGGACCACAAUGGGAUUUCAGUCUGAAGCGAAAGCGAAGAGAGAAGGAUGACAGUGACGCAGUCAGCCUCUGCAGCUUCGACUUUAAGGAACCCAGCAACAAGCGUGUCCGUCCUCUCGGCAGGGUGACGUCGCUAGCCAACCUCAUCUCUCCGGUGAAGAAUGGGGCCGUCCGGCGCUUCGGCCAAACCAUCCAGGCCUCGUUCAGGGGCGAUGGCAAGUCGCCGGGCAUGCCCCAGAAGCCUUGCAGCAAGGCAGCGGCCCCCACACCGCCUAAAAGGAGGAACAGCACGCUGUGGUCAGAGACACUAGACGUCCACCAGAAGGGGACUCUAUCCACAAAAGAGAUCAAGCGGCAGGAGGCCAUAUUUGAGCUGUCUCGUGGAGAACAGGACCUGAUUGAGGACCUGCAGCUCGCACGCAAGGCGUACCAUGACCCAAUGCUGAAGCUCUCAAUUAUGUCUGAGGAGGAGCUCACUCACAUCUUCGGCAACCUGGAUGCCUACAUCCCUCUGCAUGAGGACCUGCUGGCCCAGCUCGCCAAAGCCACGGGGCCAGAUGGGACUGUGGGCCAGAUCGGACAGAUUGUCGUUAGCUGGCUGCCCAGGCUAAAUGCCUACAAGGACUACUGCAGCAACCAGCUGGCAGCAAAGGCGCUGCUGGACCAGAAGAAGCAGGACAGGCGGGUGCAGGACUUCCUGCAGCGUUGCCUCGAGUCUCCCUUCAGCAGGAAGCUGGACCUGUGGAGCUUCCUGGACAUUCCGCGCUCCCGCCUGGUCAAGUACCCACUGCUCCUCAAAGAGAUACUGAGACACACUCCACCAGAGCAUCCAGAUGCAGCUAGCCUGGAGGAAGCGAUCACCAUCAUCCAGGGUGUUCUCUCUGACGUCAAUAUGAAGAAGGGAGAGUCUGAGUGCCAGUACUACAUCGACAAGCUGGAGUAUCUGGACGACAGGCAGAGGGACCCUCGCAUCGAGCAGUGCAAGAGCCUGCUGUGUCACGGGGAGCUACGUAACAAGAGCGGCACGAAGCUGCAUGUGUUCCUGUUUACUGAGCUGCUGGUUCUGACCCGCCACGUCACCAGGAAUGAGCGCCAGUGUUUCCAGGUUUACCGGCAGCCAAUCCCAGUGCAGGAUCUGGUGCUGGAGGACCUGCAGGACGGAGAUGUCAGAAUGGGCGGCUCCUUCAGAGGCGCUUUCAGCAACGCAGACAAAGCCAAGAACAUUUUCCGAGUGCGGUCUCAAGACCCGAGCCAGGCGCAGUCCCACACGCUGCAAGUCAACGACGUCUUCCACAAGCAGCAGUGGCUCAACUGCCUGCGUAGCGCCAUUUCCGUCCACCAGCCCCUCAGCGAGCCCUCUACCCCCAGCCCGCCCACGAGCGCCGCCCGCUCCAAGCGCCGCCCCUCCUCCGUCUCAGCAAUCAUCCACAUGGAGGAAGCGGACGAGAACUGCCUGCAGCCGACCUCUCAGUCUGCCCCCAGCUCGCCGUGCAACAAUACAGCCCCGAGCCCCACCACGACGUCCCCUUCAUCUUGCUCCUCAUCUUCAUCGACGACAUCAUCGUCUUCGUUGUCCCCGCCCCCCUCGUCCGCAUCACACAAAACCAAAAAGGACAAGAAGUCUCUGUGCUCUUUAGGGAAGAGAAAAGAGACUAUGGUGUGAACUGAGCUGGCAGGAGACAGUGGACUCCGUGGCGGACAUUUUGUUUUUUGUACAUAAAUCCUAAAACAAACAGCGCAGAGAAGCGUGGGACUUGUAUUUAUGUGUGUCUGCGUGUGUGCGUAUUAUCACAACAGUGUUCUGUGUUCCUGUCCUCUUUGGCAGCUAUUUACCUUACCCUCCCUCCAAGUGCAUCCCACAGAGACGCAGUAUUGUGCAGAGACGUGCACGCCUUCCACCAGUUCUAAAAGGGAAGCAUGACGAGGAGCAGACACACACUUCAGUCUCGAAUCUGUGUGUCGUAAGUGAAUUUCUUGAAGAUCGAGGGGGUGCAUCAAAUCCUGUUUACUAUUAAUUUGAUAUUUAAACAUUAUUUUAGACCAUUUUUGGGGAGCUAAUGAAAGUUUUACAUUUUUAUAUUCUAAAAUCAAUUGUAGUAUUUUUCUAGCUAUAGAGCAGCACUGUUUAGCUUUUAGGUGAAGUUAUUUGAAAUUUUGAGCAUGUUUAGGAGGCAAGAAAAGAAGAGAAUCCCCAAAUAGACGAGAUGUACUACACAAAACUACAGUGUUCUCUGUCAAACUCUUAGAUUAAAGAGAAAAUCUUAUUUUUAUACAUUCCUUAAAUGACAGAUGUUUAGACCCAGACACUUUUAUAUUUUUUGCAGACACUGCAGUCAGAGGCAUUAACUUAAAUCCCUAACAGAUGGGAUUUCAGUUUCUCACUGUUAGAACAAAGACGUCACUAUGAGGCAUAGUGAUAACAAAUCAUCAGAUGUUUAAAUCAUGUCAUAGAAGAGAUGAGGAGUUUUGUUUGAACACAAAAUUUUGAACUGAGCCAUGUUGGUUUUUAAAAAAGCUGACUUUUCAGAAUGAAAAGAAUGAAACUUUUCAGUGUAGCAUCUUGCAUGGAGCUUUCGUUGUGGGCACUGCUUUCACCUGUUGAGGCAGCAGGAUGUAUUCGCCUGUCCCAAGGGACGGGACAGUUAAACAUGUAAAGGACUUGUCAAUAAAAACGGGAAGAACGUUGCGUGGAGGCUGAGGAGAUGAGAGACGAGAUGGAUAAAGACGUGUUUUGGAAACGGAAAUAGAUUGUCAGUGCAAGAUGUGUAAAUCCAACAACUUUCUGUGUAAGUUGAUGUGAUAUCUUGCGCAUAAAUGGAUGAUAGAUGGUAAAAGUCAAGUGAGUGUAAUCAGUGGAUAAAGUAUGUAGGGGAAGCGAGACGAACAAGAAGGUUUUUGAAUGUGUGUAUAAGAUGUUUUUGUCAUUGAGAUGGAAAAAAGAAAAGGAGGCAAUUUGCUUGCCACAAACUGUAUUUAAGAAAAGAACAAUAAAAA